AUGAUCGAUCAGCCGGGAGACAAUCAGCUGCGGGUUCUGGACCGGACCGGUUCCGGAUCAUGUGAGCGACCGGCGGCAGGUCGGAUCCCCGCCGGAAGUGAAGCGUCAGAGGACGGAGACCGGCAGGUGGUCCAGAACCGCAGGGGGGUCCAGGUUCACCCCCACAGCUAUACUGCUGGAGCCUCUAGUGGACACACGGAGGCUGCUGAUUGGUCCGGACAAGGGGGUUCAGCCGGAGUCCCGCCCACCAACCUGCCUCUCAGCCAAUCAUGGGAGUCAGCGGUGGGGAGUCGGGAGGGAACACAGAACGGAGGAGGAGGAAGAGGAGGAGGGAGAGGAAGAGGAAGAGGAAGAGGAGCAGGAGGAGCAGGAGGUCCGCUGCCUGAAAACUGGGAGCUGGCGUUCAGCGAUUCAGGAGAGCCGUACUACAUUGAUCAUAACUCAAAGACGACCAGCUGGCUGGAUCCUCGAACUCAGAACAAAGAGACGACUUCCUGUACAGAACUCCCAGAGUUCACAGAGCAGCCCGGUCAGCUGAAGGGUUACUCCAUCCACACUCGGCUCUCUAAAGGUCCUCGAGGUUUCGGCUUUAACAUCGUGGGAGGAAGUCGACCCAAAGAGUUCCUGCAGGUGUACAGUGUCACACCUGGAGGCCCGCCAGCACUGAACACAGGUGUCGGACCAGCUGGUGGAGAUCAACGGGGACAGUACAUCAGGGAUGACUCACAGUCAGGCUGUGGAGCAGAUCAGGAGAGGAGGACAUCGAAUCCACCUCGUCCUCAAGAAAGGAAACGGAUACGUACCCGACUACGGCCCUGAGGAAGGAGCUCUCUCCCCCUCCUCCUCUUCGCACACAGAGGAGCAGGAUGUGGAACCAGUAACCAUGACAACCGCCUCCCUCAGCCAGCCGAGGGGAGGAGGAGGUGGUUCAGGAGGAGGAGAAGGAGGAGGAGAGAGGAGGAGGACGAGGAGAGAGGGAGAAACCAAACGAAGAACAGGAGGCGGAGGAGGAGGAGGGUUAGGGACUCCUGAUCUGGACCUGGACAUAGUGGAAGAGGAGGCAAGGAAGGAGGAGUGGAGGAAGGAGGAGGUGGAGGAGAGGAGGAGAAAAAGUCAGACUGUCUGGCCGAAGGAGAAGCGGGACAACCAGAGGGAGCAGGGGAGGAGGAGCAGGAGCUUACCCAGGACCGGUGCUCGAUCCUGGGACACGUCUCUGUCGGUGGACAGGGUGGAGGUGGAGGAGCCCGGAGGGGGAGCGAGGGAGAGGAGGAGGAGUGAGACGAAGGGUAGGAGGAGGGUGACAGAGGAGGAGAGAGAUGACAGCACCACCCGCCAUGCAAAGCAUUCUGGGAGCUCAGCUACACAACAGAGGGCAGUGUUCUCCUUCCUCAUGCCGAUGGACGCUGCCACCGCCGUCGAGCGCCAGCAUCUGUCUGACAGCGAAUCAGCAGCCAGCUACUCCGAGGUAAGCCUAUCAGCAGCCAGCAUCGCCACCGCGGGGUGGAGGGAGGACUCUGAUUGGAGGAGAGCCGAGUCGCCGUGGCAACAGGAGAACGUGCCGGGGCCCUGGCUGAAGCCGAGCCCGCAGAAACUGACGCAGGUUCUGAUUGGCAGUCGGCUGGGUGGGCGGAGACGAGCGGGCGGGCUCUCUCUCUGAUUGGCUCACAGCAAGACAUUCUCUUGUUUUUACUGGCUACCUAUAAGGGCUUUUUUUGAUUGGCCUGCCUGAGAGAAGGCCCCGCCUCUUCUUGCUUCUUAUUGGAUGCCAGCAGACAGCUCUGUUUCUGAUUGGAGGAUGAGAAGCAAGUAGACAAGGACUUUUUUUUGAUUGGCUGGUGGGCGGGUUUUGAGGCCUCUGAUUGGCCAAUGACACAACAGCUGCACACAGAGCCGCCUGAUUAACUCGUUUAUUUUUAUUUUACCCAUCAUCCCUCAGUGCAUCCUGAGACCUGAAUCACAAAAAGACCAUCAGUGUGAUCCUCUUGACUCAGACUGUCUGGUAUCAUGACGCUGGUGUUAGCCGGGGUAGAUCGCCAUGGUAACUGUGAUAGAUCGCCAUGGUAACCGAUGCUAACCUUCAGGUCAACAGCCCAACUACUGACCAAUGAGAUUCAUCCUAAAAGAUCCUGACAGGGACAAAAGUAAUAAAGAGCAAUAGAUCUUGUAUAGGUCAGUGAGAUCUCUCUCAUACGGAAGAAGAUUAGUGCCACAUUAAAAUUAUUUCUGAGAACAAAAACACAUCAAGGGUUUUGGCCCUAAUGCUCUUCCAUACUUUCAUGAUAAUUGUAUCAGAUAAAACAACCACGCAUUAUACAUUAUAGUUUCACAGACUGAAUGAUUAUAGCUUCAUAGUAUUUCAAUUAUUUCAUUACAUUUCUUUUAUGAAGAUGAUUAAUAAUAAUAAUCACUGUCACAUUUUAUUAAAACAAUUAAAUAAAUACAGAGAUUAUUAAUGUGUGUGAUGUUAUAAUAUGCGUUUAAAAAGGGCCCUGUACAGUAUAUUUAUAGCCUAUAAACACAUCAAUGGUCCCAGAACCUUUAAAAAACAAACACAGAUCUCAUUUAUAAUCUCUUUUUGAUCCAUUUUAACAUUUUCAGCGCAGUUUUCUCAGCUUUAAGUUAGCGCCUCCCUCUCUCCGCCUCCCGCUCUCUCCUCAUGCCUAAACCAGCCAACACGAGUCAAUCAGAGGCAGACAUGGGCGGGUCUUGGCAGAAUGCGUUACCCAGGUUUUAAGUGGUGUGUACCUAGACUCACCAGGAGGUGGCAGCAGUACGCAAUAUGAAGUGAGGGUACUGCUGCCCCUUUCAGGCUCUGACUGUAGGUUAAAUAAUAAUUACAGAGCUGGGGGAGAUGAGUAAUAUUCUGAGUGUAACACUUUGUAAGAUUUGUGUAAAUGUUAAUAAUCCAACUGUGACUCCCAGUCCCAAAAACAUUAUUAUUUUUCUAGCCAAUGUAUGACUUUCAUUUAAGAAUAUGAACCUAGAUUUUUGUUUUUACCCACAGAGCUGAGCUUCCAGUGUACGGAGACUCGGAGAGUCCAAAACGGAGGAAAAUAUCGUAGCUGAAGCUCCUCAGUCAGAGUGUAAACUACGUUACACACAGUUAGCAUCCAGCUGUUAAUACACUGUGGACACAUUGUACUCUUAGCAACCGAGCUAAGCUAACGUGACUGUUAGCUUGGACUGCUUAAUUUCUUCUCUUUAAUAACUUUUUCACAACGAAGAACAAAACGUGACAUAAACAGAGAAGCUAGCGAGUUAGCACUUAGCUCGCCAGCUAGCCCUGUGAGUUGUCACCAAACUCAGAACCAAAUAUUUUAUUUGUUGAUACGUGAUUGGCUGUUUGGAACCAGCUUCAUGGUACCAGUAAUCAGGAUCACUGAUUUGGGACUGAUGCAGGUCAUCUUCAUCUUCAUCUUCAUAACUUUAAACUCGUAUGCAAACAUCAGGAGAACCUUCGUCGCCUCCGAGACGCUUCCUGACGUCUGUGAUUCUGUACUCUGAGCAUGUGAAUAUCACUGGAAUGAUUUUUUAUUUUUAUAACCUGUAAAGGCUCAAUGACAUUAUAGUUAUUAUUGUUAUUGUUGUUAUUAUUAUUAUUAGAGAGUAAAUAGAGAUGAUCUGAUUUGCCUGCUUGCUUGUAAAAAAGAAGAAAAAAAACCCUUUGCCCUGAUGAUGUAACAGCCAUACACACACAUACACACACACACAUUCAGGUCCAGCUGUGGUCCUGUUGACUGUCAAUAACAUCGCCACGGCAACUCUGCCGGCCUGUUCCUAUAGCAACAGCCACGGCGGAGCAGAACUCUGCGGCCAACAUGGCCGACGACCCGCAGCUCUGGAUCAUAACAAGUGCCUCGUUUGAUUUCAGCCUUCGUCCUGCAAACUGACGCCGAGGCUGCCGGCGGACCCCGCCACUACACAACCGACCCGCCACUUCCUGUCACACCUCAUCAAACAGCGCCAAGUCCUUCCAUACACCGCCAUGUCCCGUUAACUGUUGUUUUAUUCUGAAAUCCAAAGAAAUUGAGUAAAUAAAUUCAUCAGAUUUUCACAGCUGAGAUGCUCGAACCUGCAGACAUUGGUUGUUUGAAAAAUAACUAAAAUUAUUUCUCAGUUAUCAAAAUAGUUGUAAAUUAAUUGUCUGUUGAUCAGCUAAUUGAUUAAUUGUUGGUCUCUUGCUGUUUUGACAUUUUUUACAUCUGCAGCUCAUUUUCUGCUGGAGCUGAUUCUAAAGAUCAAUAUCAGACCAAUCAGACAUUACUGAAACUAAUUAAUGUUAAUUAACCCUUCCUAAGACCCUCGGCCAACUUCCUCCUCUCCUGUACUUAUAUAUAUGCUAUGUGCUAAGCUAAUCUAUGUUGAAAAGACAACCACAUUUUGAAGUUGGUAAAAGAUAAAGUUAGGGAUAGAGCAAUGGGUUAGGGUUAGGUAACUAACUAACUAACAAUUGAUGUAAAUUGACUAGCUAGUUAUCCACUUUUUUGCAAACAUUAGUUUUCAGAUAGCUAGCUAGCUAUGAUUAAUGUAUACAAGUUAGUUAGUUAACUUAAGAUGUGACUAUAUGUAUUUGUCUCUUAUCUUUGAACCAUUAAAAUGUGGUUGUUUUUUCAACAUAGAUUAGCUUAGCACAUAGCAUAUAUAUAAGUAGAGGAAAGGAGGAAGCUGACUGAGGUUCUGUCUGAGAGAACAAAAUAAAACAACCAAAGAUUGUUUAUGAGGUAAAAGAAGCUUCACUUUGUAAUUCAAAGUGUUCAGAGUGAGACGUCUCACCUAUCUCCUCGUCCUCAUUUUCCUGUCUGUCCGUCUGUCUGUCUGUCCGUCUGUCUGCACUCUCACUACAACUCCCACACACCCUUGCGCUACCCUUUAGCCCCGCCCCCUCAGCCAGCUCUCUCUAUGGGCAUUUGGAUCUUUGUCUUCUAUGCAUUUUCUAAGACUGGUUGCCGGUGAUUGAUUUCUGUGAUCGGUUCUGAUUAGCAGCCGAUUGGAGGAUCACCGGAACCUGGACGAUGGGUCUGAAUAUUCAGGUUCUGGUCCAAAGACGACCAGGAAGCACCGAGGUCUGAACAGGAUCCAACGGUUUCAUCAUCAGGUCUGCUCCCAGACAGCAGGAGGAGCCUAAAGGAGGAGUUUAAAGGAGGAGCAUGUCGAACUGACUGUUGGUUUAAUAAAGAAUAGUUGAAUGUGGUCUCAUCAGCCCCGUAGCUAACUGUUAGCUCACUAACUAGCCGGCAGUGUCAUUUAACAAACAAGCUAACGUUAGAAAAAUGUUAAAAACUUACAUUUAUUCACUUUUUACGAGUGAAAUCUUUUUAUUUCUCUGUGUUAUGAGCUGGACAAGGUUAGCCAAGCUUAGCAUAAAGACUGGAAACAGGUUGCCUGGCUCUGUCCAAAGUUAAAAAAUACCCCUACCAGCACCUAAAGCUAAACUGAGAAACAGGCUGGAACAAUUUCUUGCGCUAGCUGUUUACCCCUGCUUACAGUCUUCAUGCUAAGCUACGCUAACUAUAUCCUGAAUCCAGCUCUUAACACGGACACGAGACUCUGAAAGAAAGAAGAUGAAUAUAUUUCUCAAAGUUUUGAACUAUUCAACCUCUUAAGCCCCGCUCCCUUUCGCUCUGUGAUCCAAUCACAGUUGAGCUAGCCUUGAUUAGAACCUCGGUCAACUUCCUCAUUUCCUGCACUUAGAUAUGCUACAUGCUAGGCUAAUC